AUGAACACUCUUAAGGCAUCUGCCGCACGUUUUUCAUCUGGCACAGUGAGAAUGGCCACAUCAGUUUGGAAACCACAGGAUCAUGUCCCAAAAGAAGUGAAGGAACUGCUGAACGGUCCACAGACCAACUACGUCCUAGCAUUCCUAAAUCUCGUACAAUUAUUAAAGAUCCAAAGAAGAACAGGAUGGUUGGAUCACGACAUAAAACCAUGUGAGAGUAUCUCUGACCACAUGUACAGAAUGGGUGUUACUGCUAUGUUGAUAAAAGAUCCCAAAGUUAACCGCGAUAAAUGCGUUCGUAUUGCAUUAGUUCAUGACAUCGCCGAGUCAUUGGUUGGUGACAUUACACCUUUCGACCCUGUAACAAAGGAAGAAAAGCAUCAGAGAGAAUGGGCAACCAUACAAUAUUUAUGUGAUGAGUUCAUCAAACCUUACAAUGCCACUGCAGCCGCGGAAAUAAUGGAAGACUGGUUGGCCUAUGAGAAUAUCAGCUCGCCAGAAGCCCGCUAUGUAAAAGACAUUGAUAAGUUUGAGAUGCUUGUACAGUGUUAUGAAUAUGAAAGGAAAUAUAAUGGCAAAAAAGACCUAGAACAGUUCUGGAGCGCUAUCGAGAGUAUUAAAACCGAAGAAGUUAAAGGCUGGGCAAAGGAUCUCUUGCAAAAACGACAAGAUUUCUACAAAUCUUUGAAAAAAUGA